AUGGAACUGGAGAGCGGGUUGAACAUUAACCAUUGCCAGAAUUGUCCGAUCACGUGGCACAUGGCUCGCUGGCGCCGCUUGGUCGCAGUCGUUCUUUUCAGUGACACCACCACCUGUGAUAAUCGGAAAUCCCAAUUCAGCAAGUGCAACACUUUCAAUCUAGAUGUUACCCCAGAACAGGAACUCCAGGAUUCCUUCACCAAUUAUAUCGCAUUGUCCGUGGAUUUCAUGCAGAUUAUAUUAUCGACAGAAACGUAUACAAACACGCACGCGCACACACACACACACACACACACACACACACACACACACACACACACACACACACACACACACACACAAACACACACGCACACACAAUCACUCGCGUAG